AGCUGGUAGUGUACACGCCGGGCCAGAUAAACGAAGACAUCGGAAACUAAAAUGGUUUACAAUUUCAAAGUGUUCAAGAAGUGCGCGCCCAACGGCAAGCUGACGCUGUACGUCGCCAAGCGGGACUUCGUGGACCACAUCACGACGGUGGAGCCGAUCGACGGCGUGGUGUUGCUGGACGAGGAGUAUGUUCGCGGGCGCAAGGUGUUCGGUCAGGUGGUGUGCACGUUUCGCUACGGGCGCGAGGAGGAUGAGGUGAUGGGGCUCAACUUCUACAAGGAGCUGUUCCUCGCCUCCGAACAGAUCUACCCGCCGCCCGAGAAGCGAUCCUAUGAACUGAGUCGCACGCAGGAGCGACUGAUGAAGAAACUGGGAGAGACGGCGCACCCGUUCCACCUGACGGUGCCGGCCGGCGCGCCAGGCUCCGUGACGCUGCAGCCCGGCCUGGAGGACGAGGGCGAGCCUUGCGGGGUGCACUACUACAUCAAGCUCUUCGUAGGAGACUCCGAGAUAGACAGGUCCCACCGCAGGAGUACAAUAGCGCUGGGCAUCCGCAAAGUGCAGUACGCGCCUUCGAAGCCCGGCCCGCAGCCCUGCACCGUCGUGCGGAAGGACUUCGUGCUCUCUCCGGGACAACUAGAGCUCGAACUUACUUUGGAUAAGCAGCUGUACAUGCACGGCGAGACGGUGGCCGUGAACAUGAGCGUCCGCAACCACAGCAACAAGGUCGUGAAGAAGAUCAAAGCGAACGUCGUCCAGAGCGUCGACGUGGUGCUCUUCCAGAACGGCCAGUACAGGAACGUGGUCGCCAGCAUCGAGACCCAGGACGGGUGUCCGCUGCAGCCGGGCUCCAGCCUGCAGAAGGUGCUGCACCUGUCGCCGACGCUGGCCUCCAACAGGGACAAGCGCGGCGUCGCCCUCGACGGACAGCUGAAGCGCGCCGACACCACGCUCGCCUCCACCACUCUGCUGCUGGAGCCGGAGCAGCGUGACGCGUUCGGCAUCGUGGUGAGCUACAGCGUGAAGGUGAAGUUGUACCUGGGCGCGCUCAGCGGGGAGCUCGUCGCGGAGCUGCCCUUCAUCCUCAUGCACCCUAAGGAGGGACGAGCCAAGGUGAUCCACGCUGACAGCCAGGCCGACGUGGAGAUGUUCCGCCAGGACACCGUGCACCAUCAGGAGAGCAUCGAGGUCUAUUAGACGAGUCUCUUCCUACGUGAAUCAAAGAGAAAUAGUUCUACUGCAUCAGUGAAAAUGAUGUAUUUUUAUUUUUAAGAAUUUGCAUUAUUUUUGUGAUGCGUUGUUUGAACCAGUCGCUCUUUUAGGCUGCAGAUUGUAGCCGGUUUGUUAAAACCAUAAUAAUAUGCGUUUGAGAAAUGUAUUUGUUACACCUGAUUGUAAUCUAUAUUUUAAGAUAUUUAAAGGAUCUCAUAAGUAUAUUGUAAUAAUAUCAGUAUUUAUAAGUAUAAUAAUAAUAAUAAUGAUAAAAAUGUAAU